CCGUCUCGUCGGCGCCGCUCAGUGGGCGUGGCCAACGCCACCCUUCCGCGCUUCCUGACCACUCCCCCCACGCUGCCCAACGCGUCCACCACGCCCAGCCCAGAGGGCGAGGGGGCGGAGGGCUCCAAGGUGACGCUGGUGGUGUACGCCAAGGAGUCGACGGUCAUCUCCAACCUGCGCCACUUCACCAGCUACCAGAUAGAGAUCCAUGCCUGCAACCACCCCACAGACCCUCAACGCUGCAGCAUGGCUACCUACGUCAGCGCCCGCACCAUGCCUGAGAGUAAGGCUAUACACGGAGUCAGACCCACACUAAUAAACGACAGCUUGUCUGCGAGUAACAUUAUGCAUGUUUGUACACCACACAGUAUAGACACACUUAAUUCUUCUUUCAUGUUGCCCUUGCUGAUGGUUCUUCCUGUGUUCUGCUCCGCUCCCUGCAGAGAAAGCUGAUGACAUUGUGGGCCAGGUGACCCAUGAGAUGGUGUCGGAGCACCCAGACUCUGUCCACAUCAAGUGGCUGGAGCCCAAAGCCCCCAAUGGCAUGAUCAUCCUGUACGAAGUCAACUACAAGAGGUUGGGAGACCUUGAGGUUAGUAUGAAUACUAGGAUGAAAUAACUUAACUGUGUUCCUAUCAAUCGAUUUCCCCUUUGCUCUUUCUUGUUUUUGAGUCUACAGAAUUUAUUAUUAUUAAUUUAUUACUUGUAUACAUGGUAGCUACAGUCUGAAUUUGAUCUUUGCUCAUCCUUUUUCAACCAUAUUGUCCAGGCUCAUAAACAUGGUGUUGUUCCUUAUGCUGAAAAGCAACCACAACCAUUAAAGGAAAUCAAUGAUCUGUCUAUAGUCCUGACUGUCACCCCUUAUACAUUGGUGUUUGUGUGUGUGUGUGUGUGUUCAUUGCUGUGAUGAAUGUGUGGACUCAUCACUCAUUGCUAUUCACUACUGCACUGCCUGACCCGGUGGGGGGGGGGGGGGGGGGGGGGAGAGACAGAGAUAGAAACAGGAACAGACUAGAAUGAGGUGGAAGAGACAGUGUGCUCCCCCCCUGCAUCCCCCACCCCCCCUCUCCCCAAUCUGAGGGAGAGCAGGAAGCUCCCUGUGCCUCUGUCUGCUCGUGUAAUCAAAUAGAUAUCUCAGUAACCAAAGAAUGAAGAGCUUUGGUUGCUUUGUAAUAACAAUGUGUUGGUCUUUUUACUGACACUCAGUGGCUUAACCCGUUCCACUCACAGCCCCUGUCAUCCUGUAUACGGGUUGAAAAUGGCAGAUUUUGUCAUUGAUAAACGCCUAAAUUGGAACCCAGUGACUACACAGUAACAUGCUAAACAUGACGUCAGAGCGCAGGUUCUCCAGGUUCACAGCGCAGUUCACUGUUCGCAGGUUUUGACGGACAGACAUUAUAAACUUGAGCACCGUGUGCGACAAGAAGAUAUCCCUAUUCCACCCGCUAGUUGGGCUACUUUUACAUUUGUUGUUGUCUGAGUGAGGGAAAUGCUGUAAAUCGAGAGGAGUCGAUGUGUUCUGCAAGAUGAGACGUUGAGGAAUAUAAUAAAUACAGUUUCGAUGUCAUACAAGCUAACCACACACCCAUGAGUCCAAUUGUGUACUUCACAUUUCCAUAUUUGAAAACUCAUGUCAUGUACAGUAUCAAUGUUUAUGAUCGCUAUGUUUGAUCCACAGUUACAAGGAUGACAUGCGUUAUACACUGGGUUGUCCUGAACAGAAUGUUUGUUGUAUUGUGAAGAACAUUUGACGCAGAACAGGCACUUGAAUGCAUUCAGGACUCCAUUCUAUGCGUACCAAAAUUACAAUCUGUUUGUAUGAAGUUCCUUUUGAAAGCCUAACACUGUAAGAUCGUAUUUUAUAAGUUAGCUAGCCAUGUUGGUAAAAUAAUAAGCUUUCAACGUGAUGCCCACCUGACCCAGAUUGCGAUUUAUAAUAGAACGUUUUUGGAUUGCGUAAACAACAACAGUAAUCCUAAAUUACUUAGGAACUGUGCACAGUUUUUGAGAGGUGUGUGGCCACUUGGAGACACCAGUUAGACCUCUCACUCAACCCCUUUUUAAUUAUUUUUCUUAUUUUGUACCUAUUCCAACAUUUCGAAGAAUAUGUUACUGAAUGUAUCCAGAGUAUUUUCAGAUUUCCUUAUUGACAAAUACUGUGAAAAGUACAGAAAAUGUAAAAUGCUAAUAAAAUCAACAGUGUAAUGUUUGGAACAAUUGUGUCCUCGCCUUUGGUCUGAUUAUCUCCAAAGUGUUCUAUUUAAAUUGCUACCAUAGUCAUGCAUAUGCUUUUUAUAGUUCUUCUGUUAGAAACAUUACAAUUUGGCCCUAUCCAUAUCCAAUUUCCAGGAGUGUAAGGGGUUAAAGGAAGCUAUUUCAAAUAUUUCAGUGUGAGCGAUAACAAGAUAUGCUUUUUUUGUUUUUGUUUUAUGUAAAUAAAAUAAUUUACAAGCUUGAGUGCUAGUAUGCUAGGUUAAAAGCUGUUUGAUUCACAGGCACCUACUUUGUUGUUGAGGAGAAGCCUCAGGGAAAUACACACAUUUGUAUUAUAAACUCUGGUGUUCACAGUCACACUGUUUAUACAAAGCCUUAUGUGUGACUUAGUGGAAUAACCAUGCUAUAACCAUGAUGUAACCUUAUUAUAACCACUCUAUAACCAUGUAAUAAUAAUGUGUUCCAGGAGCUGCAUCACUGCGUGUCCAGGAAGACUUACACCCAGAUUGGAGGCUGCAGGCUGAGAGUGGUGCAUCCUGGGAACUACACCGUGAGGAUCCGUGCCACGUCGCUGGCAGGAAACGGCUCCUGGACCGAACCCACCUUCUUCUUCAUGCCCGAUGGUAAGUCAUGCCUGCAUGCUCCAAUGGGCACUGGACCUGCUUACACUUUCUGGAACACAUUUGACCAGUUCAUGUUUCUAUGAGAGUGACUGGGUCGGCAGGUAGCUUAGAGGUUAAGAGUGUUGGGCCAAUAACCAAAAGGUCGCUGGUUCGAAUCCCUGAGUCGACUAGGGUAGCAAGGCACUUUAAACCUAAUUGCUCCUGUAAGUUGCUCUGAAUAAGAGCGUCUGCUAAAUGACUCAAAUGUAAAUUACUGACCAAUGGCUGCUGUGUUUGUUGCAGAGGACACCAGUUCACUGAAGAUUAUCAUUGGCCCAGUCAUCUGCUUUAUCCUGCUGCUAUUCGUAGGAGGCGGAGUCUUCAUGAUCUUCAAGAAGAAGUAAGAAUUGAUUGAUUUUCGAUUUUUGGUCUAAUUGUUUUAUUUACAAUGACAGCCUGGCAAGACAAAUAGACAAAUUAAAUAUGCAAGGACUGUGUGUUCCAGACAAACUGAGGGACCCACUGGACCUCUGAUCGCCUCGUCCAACCCAGAGUACCUGAGCGCUAAUGACGGUAAGGACAACCAACCCCACACCUCAAACUAUUUUUGCAAGUUUGUUUUACUGUGAGAUAGUGUACAUGCUAAAAACAGUGUACCGUAUUUUCCGCACUAUAAGGUGCACCGGAGUAUAAGCCGCAGCAGCUAAAUUGAAUGAUGUGUACAUAUAUAAGCCGCACUGGACUAUAAGCCGCAGGUGUUUUAAUGUUUAAUUACCAUAUGUAAGGAUUCGUGCACAGAGGGGAUUGUCGGGAAAGAGAUGGCUGCUUGAGGAAGCUCCCAUUUAUUAACAUUUCAACAAACAAGUUGCAUAUUUGCAUAACGUAUUCAAGUGUUACCAUUUAGUGCAAUAGUAGCUACAUUUACAUUUACAUUUACGUCAUUUAGCAGACGCUCUUAUCCAGAGCGACUUACAAAUUGAACAUAUACUGUGCUGUGUAAACUGUUUAUGAUCUGGUCCGGUCCGAUGGAAUAUUCCUCUAUCUUUCUUUGUGUGAAUUCGCCGAAGUUUGUUAUUUUUUCCUGGUAGUCGGGAGGGAGUUGCUGACACACAGUCGUCCGCGCCCUGAUGGAGAGUCUCUUUCGUCUCAUAAAUCUGAAACACCAGGAUGGUACACCUCUAAAAUGUUCAAUUUUCAUUUCGGUGGCGACUGUUUCAGCUUUCAGUUGGAUCUGCACGGUGGAAACACCUCGGCCGUCUGCUCUCUGUGUGUUCACCCAAUCUUCAAGAAAGUCUUCAAGUUCGGGCCAUCUGCUUUUAUUACCUCUGAAAGCUUUUUUUGACUUUUUGCAUUGAGACAGUUCUUCCCGCUGGCGUCUCCAACGUCUCACCAUUGAUGCCAAGGCUACGUGCAGCAGCUCUAUUUCCUUCUUUUACAGCCAGAUUGACUGCCUUUAACUUAAAAGCUGCAUCAUAUGCAUUUCUACGUUUGUUUUCCAUAAUGAGGGUUUGUGCAUGAAAACUUCCUUUGCACAAACUGUCUCGCUCUCGUAAUGUCUGUCUGUCUUGCUCUCGUUCUGUCUCUCGUUCUGUCUCUUGUACCACUCUCGGUUCCACUUUUACUUUUGCGCGCUACCUGUCUCACUCUUUUCCGGCCUCCAGCUUUUCCUGCUGGAGCCCGCCGCUUAAAGGUGGGGGGCGCGGACCGGUCAUAGAGCCCAUAGAGUUAAAGUUGGUGGACUGUAACCUGUAAAAUCCAUAGAUUUAGGAGGUCUUCUAGUGGCCGUUAGCUGUAAAAAUCCAUAGAUUAGCCGCACCGUUAUAUAAGCCGCAGGGUCGAAAAAUGGGAAAAAAGGCGCUGCUUAUAGUCCGAAAAUUACGGUAAUACAAAAAAAAGUGUGUACUAAAAGGACAACUUUCUUCUUUUGUAUUGUGUAGUGUACGUGCCUGAUGACUGGGAGGUGGCGAGGGAGAAGAUCAACAUCCUGAAGGAGCUGGGUCAGGGCUCGUUUGGCAUGGUCUACGAGGGCAUCGCCAAAGACAUCGUGAAGGGCGAGCCGGACACACGCGUGGCGGUGAAGACGGUCAACGAGUCGGCCAGUCUGAGAGAGAGGAUAGAGUUUCUCAACGAAGCGUCUGUCAUGAAGGCCUUCAGCUGCCACCACGUGGUUAGGAGCUUAUUCAUUCACUUUCAUUACUAACCAGUAGCUAUUACCUUGUUAUUAUCUGGGUAUGAUGACUGAGAAUGAAGGUUGACAGGGUGGAUACGCUGUACUGUAGAUUGAUAGUUUUCAGCAAGAUGGAGACAUACAGAAACUGUUUCAUGGCCGUACGUGCCAUGCAUUGGAAUACGUUUAAAUUGAGUAGAUUUUCUCAAGUUUUUAUAUAGAGAAAUGUAUAAUAUCUCAAUGGUCCUAACUCUCCCUGCUCUCUCUCUGUCUGUAGGUGCGUCUGCUGGGGGUGGUGUCUAAAGGCCAGCCCACUCUGGUGGUGAUGGAGCUGAUGACCCACGGGGAUCUGAAGAGCUUCCUACGCUGCCUCCGACCAGACUCUGAGAAUAACCCCACAGGGAAACCCCCUCCCACACUGAAGGAGAUGAUUCAGAUGGCGGGGGAGAUAGCAGACGGCAUGGCCUACCUCAACGCCAAAAAGUUUGUCCACAGAGAUCUGGCCGCCAGGAACUGCAUGGUGGCUGAGGACAACACCGUCAAGAUCGGAGGUAGAGUACAGUAGAAUAAAAGAGUGCAUGUGAUUCUUUCUGUGGUGUUACAGUUUCAACAAGUAAAUCAUGACUGUGUGUGAGCCUUGGGUUCAUAACGACUGUGUCUCGUGUGUCUAUGGUUGAUGUAUGACUGUCUCCCAGAUUUUGGCAUGACCAGAGACAUCAAUGAGACAGACUACUACAGGAAGGAUUAGGUUAGGGUUAUGAUGUGAUGAUGCUAUUUACUGUAGGUUGUCUUUUAACUGUUCCUCUCCAUCCCCUUAGACUUUGGAAUGACCAGAGACAUAUAUGAGACGGAUUACUACCGUAAGGGAGGGAAGGGUCUGCUUCCUGUCAGGUGGAUGGCUCCUGAGUCUCUGAAGGACGGAGUGUUCACCGCACAUUCAGACUGCUGGUGAGUACAGCAGGACACACCUGGCUGCCACGGAUGUCAGAUGGGCCUUUCUGCUCAAUCUUUUUAUUCCACUCUAUUCAAUCUCUUUAACCUAUUUUUUGAGAGAAGAAUAUCUUUCUCCACUCCCCCCGUCUUAACCUCUUAAUUUCUACAGUAACUCUAUAACCACUUUUUUUUUUUUCAGUUGUUACACUAGUCUAGGGGUAUUUCAAUCUUACCCUACAGCCGACGUGGAUCCAGACUACUGAUGGUUUUCUGUUCUACCUGAUAAUUAAUUGCACCCAGCUGGUGUCCCAGGUCUAAAUCAGUCCCUUAUUAGUGGUGAAUAAUGAAAAGGGCAGUGGAACUGGCUUUGAUGUCCAGAUUUCAAUUUGAGGGCACUAGUCCUUUAUUUCAUUAUUCACAUCCUUUUAUUGUUUUUGGCUUGAGAUAAUAAUGUGUUGUACAUGUCUGUCCCCAGGUCGUUUGGUGUGGUGUUGUGGGAGGUCAGCACCCUAGCAGAGCAGCCUUACCAGGGCCUGUCCAACGAACAGGUCCUCAAGUUCGUCAUGGACGGAGGAUACCUGGACAGACCAGAGAACUGUAUUGAGAGGAUGUAAGUGUCUCAAACACUGUAUACUUUUAAUGCAUUGUGGGAUCUGUAGUCUUUUACAUUGAUAUGCCGUACCAACCAUACAAAGUACAUGAGGUAUAUAUUUUGACUUGGUUAAGCGUUUGAGUUAACACUACAACAUGCCUACAGUAUUCCUACGGCUAGUUUUGCUUCAAUGGGGACCAACAGAGGUGAGCUGCUUGUGGAUAGAGCCCGUAGAUUCUCUUUCUCUCAUUCAUUCAUCUUUCUCCCUCUUCUCCUCCCUCAGCCACAACCUGAUGACGAUGUGCUGGCAGUACAACCCCAAGAUGCGUCCCACCUUCCAGGAGAUCAUCGAGAUGUUGAAGGAGGACGUUCACCCCAGCUUCCAGGAGGUCUCCUUCUUCUACAGCGAGGAGAACAAGCUCCCCGAGACAGAGGAGUUUGACUUGGACCUGGAGAACAUGGAGAGCAUCCCACUGGACCCGUCAUCCUACUCCCAGAGAGACGACAGCGACAGUCUAUCCAGAGACAAUGGACCCAGCCAGAGCCUAAGGGGCAACUACGAGGAACACGUGCCCUACACGCACAUGAACGGUGGCAAGAAAAACGGACGAAUCUUAUCAUUACCCAGAUCCAGCCCUUCC